CCGCAGGAGUCGCCCCCCGAGUCCUCGCUCCCGGGACGCUGGCGGGGCCGCGGGCGGGCGCGGGCGCCGUUCGCCUUCCGACAAGUGUGGCCCCGCCGCCGACCCGUAGGCCGCCGUCCGCGUCCUGUUCGGUCUCCAGGCAACCGGGGCCGGCGGGCGCGCGGAACCCAACCGGCCCUGGGCGGCAGGGGGCACCGCGGGCCCGGAGGGGCGGACGGGCCGGGCGCCAUGGACCUGGUCAUCACGCAGGAGCUGGCCCGCGCCGAGAGCCAGCAAGAUCCUGCGUCCUUGAAGAAGGCCUACGAAUUAAUCAAGUCGGCCAACUCGGGGAAAUCGGAGUUCGACCCCUCGGAGAGCUUCAGCCCGGACCUGUUCGUUCUGUGUGCAGAGCAGGCCCUCAAGAUGGGACAGCCAGAGGUGAGCGAGGACUGCAUCCAGAUGUACUUCAAGGUGAAGGCGCCCGUCACCCAGUUUCUGGGCCGAGCGCACCUGUGCAGGGCCCAGCUGUGUGCCCCGCAGUCAGCAGAAAACCUGGAGGAGUUUGAAAAUUGCGUGACUCAGUACAUGAAGGCUAUAAACUUUGCCAAAGGAGAACCGAGGUAUUACUUUUUGGUGUAUAAUGCAUCAGUCCUCUACUGGCAGAUGGUCAGGCCGUUCCUCAAGCCUGGAUAUCACCACUAUCUGAUCCCCAGCCUUUCCCAAAUCGUGAACGUGCUCAGUCAGACUGAGGAGGAAGACAAGGAGUGGCGUGCCGAGCUGAUGCUGGAGCUUCUGGAGUGUUACGUGCAAGCCGGAAGAAAGGAAGAGGCUGCCAGGUUCUGCUCCACUGCAGCGCCAUUCAUAAAGUCUCACGUGCCGCAGAAAUACCGGCAGGUAUUCUCCAUGAUGGUUCGUCAUGAAUUAAUGGACGGGUUUCAGUUAAAGGAAGAAAUGAGAAGUUCCAUUUCCCUGUCCAUUGCUUUCUAUAUUAACAUGCUAAAGGCAAAACAGGAGCAAAAUGAUUUACCGGAAGACGUCAGUGUCGUUCUGAGGAAGGCCUAUAGACACUUAGGCCGUUUCACCCACCUCCACGUUCCUUCCAUCAGAGAAGAAAAAAUGCUUCUGCUGUUUGAAUUGGCUCGUUUUUCCCUGACCUUGAAGUGCACGGAGAUCUCCUCUGAUUGCCUCUCAGACCUGAAGAAGAUGGAAAGCGCGGAUCCCGGGAAGCUGAUUGAAAUUGAGUGUCUGGAGUGUGAAUCCGAAGCCUUAAGACUUGAGAGUAAAAUGAAAGUGUACCUCCGAGCAGCUGUUGAGACCCAGCUGGAUAUCAUACAGAGACUGGACAUCACGCUGCGGCGAGCUGUCCGCCUGGGCGACCCCCGGGUCAUCCAUGUGGUGUGCACCACGCAAUGGAACACCUGCCUGCCCCUGCUGCAGCACAACCUGCGGCACCACCUGAGGAAGCCACUAGCCAACGUCGCGGAGGUGCUGGAGAAGGUGGACAGCCUCAUGACGCUGCUCCGCUGCCAAGUACACAUGGAGAUGGCGCAGAUUGAGGAGGACGAGGACCGGCUGGAGCCCGCCAUGGAGCACCUGCGGAAAGCCACACACCUAGAUAGCCUGGGCCUCUACCAGGACCGGCUCCGGAUGGCCUCCAACCGGCUGCACCUUUGCACCACGCUAUACCAGGCCCCCGAGCACGCCGAGGACAAGGCCAUCAUGGCCAUCGAGCAGGCAAAAAAAGCUACCCUGAAGGACAGCGUCAGGAAGAAGCGGGCCCUCCUGGUGAACGCAGGCCUGGCCUUAGCCCCCGACACCUUUCAGAUCGUGCUGGACAGUGAGAAUGAGGCCAAAGUGUCCACUGGGAAGAACAGGGGCCGGUUCACCUACCUUUGCUUGAAGGCACGGCACCACAUUGUCAGCGUGGACAAAGCUGCCGGGCACCUUCGGCGCCUGGGCUAUGAAAACGACAAGGAGAGGAUACAGAUCUGGGCAGAGCUAGCCAAAGUGGCACGGAAGCAGGGUGUGUGGGACGUCUGUCGGACGGCGAGCCGCUUCUGCCUCCUGUAUGACAACGUCAAGGUGAAGAAGCUGAGGCUGCGGAGAGGGAGGAAGAAGCGAGGUGGGGACGGCUCAGUGCAUGACGCUGGGAGCCAGCCUGAGGUCGUCCUGCAGAGGCAGGUGUCUCCUGACCUGCUGCGGAAGUUCGCGGAGGUGGGGUUCAUCAACGCUGAGGCCACUGUCCAUUUGCUGCGGUCAGAAGGUGUAGAGCUGAAUGACCGGGCCAUCCCUCCCGAAGACCUGAGCCAGCACCCGGCCGGCUACGUGCCUGAACCCCCGGAGGCGAAUGCUGAGUGGAUCACAUACAGAACCUGGAUUGAGAGCCUGUCCCAGUAUGCCAUGAAUAACUGGCUGCGUUCUGCAGAGAUUGGACAGGAACUCCAGGAGGCGUGGAUCGUGCAGAAUGCUGUGGUCUACGUCCUGAACCACAGCCGCCACCUGAUCCUGGCCGGGCGGCAGAGGGAGCUGGUGGACGCCCUGCACCACCUCCUGAGCAUCGUCAAGGCCACAGGCCACAGCGGGGACCCUGUGAUGCUGGUGACGCUCUGCAACACGCUGGCACGAGGCCUGAUCAUCAGCUGGAUUCCACCCCUGGCCGCUGAGAAGUCCAGGAAAUUGGUGCGAACAAAUGCCUUUCACAGCCCACUGGACGCAGGAGCCAUCUCCGAGAUCAAAACAGCGGUGGAGGUCUGCGAGUUCGCCCUGAACCUGACCAACGGGAGCACGCCGGAGGAGACGGUGCCCACCCGCGUCCGGCAGCAGCUCCUCGCCACCUGGGUCAAGGCCAAGCAGCUCCUGCAGCAGCAGAUCGGGCCACGGCUGGGCACCGAGGAGCAGGGUACCAGUGAGGAUGUCAGCUCGAUAACCAGAGUCCUUGUUGCCUUGGAAAUGUACUCAUGCAACGGGCUGGGCCUCAUGGACUUCACCGUCCCCUCCCUGGCCCAGGUGGUGAAAAUGGCUUCUGAGUGCAACUGGUCGGACCCCCUGGUGGAGCUGCAGACCCUGACGCGGCUGACCCACUUCGCCUACGCGGCACGUGACCAUGAGACCACCAUGGCCUGUGCUCACAAGGCCGUUGAGAUGGGCGUCAAGUACCUGAAGAUAUUUGGUCCCGUGGAGUCCCAGCUGGUGGCGGAGAUGCUGUGCACGGCCGCGGUUGUCCAGGGCAGGAGCAUCAUGGAAAACCUGAAGGGCCAGAAGCAGCUGCGGCUGGUGGCGGCCAAGGCCUUCAUGGAGAGCGCCAGAUUUGGAGGCAUCGCGGGCAGCAGCACCCUGGUGAUGCUGGCCGCGCGGCACUACUGGAAUGCCUGGCUCCCACUCCUGUCCUCGGCAGUGUACAGGAAGAAGGCCCAGGGUGCCCUGCAGAGGCUCAUCCGCAUCAUCAACAGGACAGAGGCCAGAAAGCAGGAGGAAGAGAAGACGCUGCUUCUGCACCAGUGGCCCAUAGCCGACUUCCAAGGCGGCGGGACGGCCGACGGGUCUUUUCUUCCAGGGGCUGAGGACGACCUGACACUCCGCGCCGCGCUCUACGGCCUGCUCUUCCACAGCCAUGCUGACCAGGACAACUGGGAAGGCGGCCUCAAGGUGCUGGACGAGGCUGUGCAGGUGCUGCCGCGGACGGCCCACCGCCUCUUGAUCUUCAAGCACAUGAUCAUCGUGAAGGCCAAGCUCGGGCAGAAUUUCUCGAUGGAAAUCCAGAAGUUCAAGGCUGAGAGUGAGGACUACGUGGCAGGCAUGUGGCACCGGCUGGCCCUGAACUCGCGGAGCGUGUCUGGAGAGCUGGCCUGCUACCACAGCGCCAUCCAGGCCUUGCAGACGUACAGUCUGUAUUUCCUGGACCACCUGGUCAAGGCCCUGCAGAAGAUGUGCCUGCAUGAGCUCACGGUCCCCAUCCUGCAGCUGGGGGUGCUGAUUUCGGAGUCCGUGGUGGGAAGCAAGGGCCUGGCGGAUCUCUACCGCCUCCGCCUCGCCCACGUGUGCUCCGAGCUGAAGCUGAGGGAGGCAGCGGUGCAGCAUGAAGAGGCGGUCGGGCAGGUGCACAUCAGCGAGCUGGAGCAGGCCAGCUGCAGAAAAGAGAUCGCACUGAAAAGAGAGAAAAACAAGGAGCCCUUGUUAGAAGAAAGCCUGCCAGCACUCAACGAGCAGACACUUGCCGCCCACUCUGUAGAGAUCAAACCACUGGAAGCCAAGGACAGGAUUUUGAAGAUGAAUGGGGAGACUGGGAGGGGCCUCGAUGGGACGUCCUAUCCCCACCUGUGGAUUCUGAAGGCAGAGGUUCUGCUGGAGAUGAGCAUGUACCAGCCUGCACGGCUGCUCCUGUCCGAGGCUCACCUGGCUUUCCAGGAGCUGGAUGAGCCUUGUGCAGAGGCCCAGUGCCUGUUCCUCCUGGCACAGCUGGCCAACAAGGAGAAGAACUAUGGACAAGCCAAGAGAAUGAUUGCACAGGCCCAGCACCUGGGCGGAAACGAGGAGUUCUGGUACAAUUCCACGCUGACCCUGGCAGAGACGCUCUUGUCCAUGGAACACUCAGGACAAGAAGCUACGGUGUGCCACAUAUUUCAGAAGCUCAUCAGUGCCCUCAAGAUUCUCAAGAAGGAAAGACCAAACCGAAUGCCGUUGUUAGAAUUCAUGAUCACAGACCUAGAAGCCAGGUGCCUGAGUCUGCGGGUCAGAGUUGCACAGGAGUCUGCAGUCAGGGAACCCACAGAGUGCUCACUGCUGCUGAAAGAGAUGGACGACAGCUUGUUGGAUAUUGAGAGAAGGUUUAUCGACUGUGGCUACAAAGAGAAUUGUGUUGAUGUCAAACUAGAGCGUGCGAAGAUCAAGAGGUUACGUGCCCAGAACGAGAAAGAUGAAGAACAAAAAACUGCGUAUUACUUGGAAGCGUAUGGCCUGGCGCAGAGCGCCGUGGCUGAGGAAGAAGAGAGGUUCCAGAGCAUCCAGGCCUUGCUGUCACUUCACGACGUGCAGAAUGUCAACACGCCCCUGAUGAGGAAGCUGGCGCACCUCAAGCUCAGCCUCGUGGAGAUGGCUCUGGGCAUGCUCCAGUUCAUCUGGGAGGAGGCCCACGGGCCGCAGAGUGAGCAGGGGUCCCUGGAGAAGCUGCUGGCCAAGUAUCUGCAGAACACCGGCGACUACACUUCCGUUGGCCUGCAAUGGUUCACGCUGAAGCGCACCCUGGCACACAGGGCACUGGCGCAGCUGGGGAGCCUGCAGCCGCUGAGUGUGGGCUGCGUGGAGAUCCGCGCCCGGCUCCUGGGACUGGCCGGGAGGGCCAUCCACCUGCUGGCCGUGCAAGCAGACCCUGUGCGCCCCGCCUGCUACUGGGAGGAGGAACCCUCGGUGGGCGCCAAGCUAAGCAACCUCAGGUCUCUGGAGCUGGAAGCAGAGGAAGAGGAUGCCGUGAAGUCCAGCAGGGACCUGCCAGCCUCCAGGGCGGCCCCGGAGGAGCACGGCAGGAAAGGCGGGGACCUGAAGAGGAGGAUGGUUCUGGCCCAGCGGUACCUGGCGCAGGCGUCAGAGGUGCUGCUGCAGUGCCUACACGUGGCCCUUGGCAGUGGCCUCCUGGAUGUGGCAGCAGCCGCCAGCCUGGAGAUGGUGGAGUGCAUCGGCGCACUGGACCCCAUGACUACCUGCCAGUUCCUGGCGCUGUCUCAGAGCUGCUCGGCCUCAGAUACAAUGAGGGACGUCCUGCUCGCAGCCACGGCCAACACCAGCAGCUCCCAGCUGGCAGCCCUCCUGCACCUACAGCACCAGCUCCGGCGCCAGGACAGGACCACCACCAGCCUGGGCGCCAGCGUGGAGCAGAGGCUGGCUGCUGUGUCCAAGGCUUGGCAAAAUCUCUGCGUCACUGAGCAGCAUUUUAACCUCUUGAAUGAGAUUCCUCCCACCUUUCGGAUACUCUUUCUGCAGCUCUCACCGGACAGCAGGUCCCAUCUAUACAGCGCUGCCUACGAGAAACCCAAGUUCAUUCCUGUAGCCAAAGGAAAGGUGCAGCAUGUGGGAGUUCCCUGCAAGGUUAUGCGGCUGGCUGUGAGUCCCACCGCCUUCUCCCACCUGCUGGCCUGUGCCCAGGAGUUCCGGAAGGAGAUCCAGGCCCAGGCGUACGCAGAGGACCUGCUUCUGAGCACAGGCUCGGAGCCAGAAAGCCUGCAGGCAGAAGAGCAGAAGCCCCCAGUGCACAGUCUCCGCAGCGUCCUGGAGGCCCUGGAGGAGCUUCUGCAGCCGCUCUUCCCCAUGCUCAGUGUCUCCGAGGCCAGAGUGCAGACGCCCAUGGUGGUUGCAGAUUCAGGGAAGUCCAAGGGUAAAGACAAGGAGAGGAAGCCGUCCACAGGGCCGCAGAACACAGCCCAGCCCGAGGUGGCCGAUAAGGUCGUCCUGGUGGCAGACAGACGUCUCCUGGAGCUGCCGCUGGAAGGUCUCUCCAUGUUUGAUGAAGGGACAAUUUCCUCUGUGUCACGAGAAUUUUCUCUCCAAAUGUUAUGGAAUCGCCUCCGUAAAGAAGAUACAGCAGAAGGUGUCACGAAAAAGGAGGGGAGAAGCAGAGACUCCAAAAAGAGAAGCCUAGCGAAGAAGGGCAAGAAGGGCAGCUUCCCCCGGGUCAUCCCCCCUGACUGCAUCAUGGUCGACUCAGACAACUUCAAGUUCGUCGUGGACCCGUAUGAGGAGGCCCAGGGCCCAGAAAUGCUGACUCCUGUCUCCAUCACCCAAGAAAUUUUGGAAAGAUUCCAAGACACGUUCACGUCGCGAUGGGUGGGACAUCUGGGAAGCAAGCAGUUUCCCAGCCAGGCCCAGUGGGAGCAGGCCCUGGGCAGCUGCAGCGGCUUCUUCUUCUAUGGGAUGGAGCGCUUCCUGUCCCACGUAUUAGUGGAGAGAUUGGUCGCCAUGAACUUGCAAGAGUGCCAGGUGCUGGUCGUGCUGGACCUGGCGCAGUCAUACCAGAGCAUGAGGCGGCAUAUGGAGAGCUUGGAGCACAGGAGCGCCUCAGAGCCGUCCCUGGAGGAUCCCAUCAACGUGGCCAUCCUGCUGAGCCUGGUGGGGGUCAAGAGCAUCCUGGCGAACCAGUGGCCUACACUGCUGCAGGACAACGCACUGCGGGCCAGCAUCCUUUGGGAAAAUCUGUUGGCCGUCGGGAAGCCCGUUGGAGAAACGGUGCGACUCCUGCAGGAGAUGAGCGGGGAUGAGGCGGUGAACCAAGACGAGGCUUCUCAGACCUUGAAGGACAAGGUGCUCCUGCUGCUGCAGCCGCAGCUCCAGAGCUCUGAGCUCCUUCCCACCACGCUCAACUUGGUCCUGUACGGGCUGCCACACCAAGCCGUCGGGUAGCGCGGGCCUGGACACCGCCCUCCACCCUGCCCCUCUACCAACCCACAGCUCUCCCAUCCCCACCGCCAGGCUGGCUCUCCCCAGCCCUUGGCGUGGCCUCAGCCCGAGACCUUCCACCGUGCCCUCCUGCCGGGCGGUCACCUAGACCUCGAGCUCUACCUGCCCGUGUGCGCCACGGGGUCUGUGUCAGGGCUGGAGCUGCGUCUCUCCCCAGGGCCAGGACAAGGGCGGCCUCCCAUCAGGAGGCUUCCCCAGCCGCGGGCUCAUUUAUGCUGGCAGCAAAACCGCCUUUCCCUGGGGAGGAGGCACCCGCAGCAGAGCCCCAGAAGACAAAGCCUCUCAGCGCCAUGCCGGUGCUGGGUUGCUCAGACCAGGAGCACCAUUAGGACCUGUUAGGCUGUUUUUCAUUUGAGUGUUCUAGUAAACAACAAAAGCCAG